UUUCCGGUCCCAAAUAAUUUCUUGAAGCACACUUCCUCAACUGAAAUUCGGAGUAAAAACAAAGAAAUCAACACGAAAGAAGAAAGCGAGUUUACCGAAUCAGAACGAUUUCAACUCAGAUUCUUAGCUACUUAUGAUCUUAAACGAGACUGCUUCCUAGAUCUCUCUUUGUUUGAGUCCUCCAUGGCUGUCCCCGUCGAAGAAGCCAUUGCUGCGUUGUCCACAUUCUCCCUUGAGGAUGACCAGCCAGAGUUGCAAGGACCUGGCGUUUGGGUGUCAACUGAGAGAGGCGCAACCGAGAGUCCAAUAGAGUACAGUGAUGUUUCCGCAUAUCGUUUAUCUCUAGCAGAAGACACCAAAGCUCUCAAUCAGUUGAAUGCACUUAUCCAUGAGGGGAAGGAGAUGGCAUCGGUGCUUUAUACAUAUAGAAGCUGUGUUAAAGCACUUCCACAGUUACCUGAGUCUAUGAAGCAAAGUCAAGCUGACCUAUAUUUGGAAACGUAUCAAGUUUUGGACUUGGAAAUGAGUCGUCUACGUGAGAUUCAGAGGUGGCAAGCAUCAGCUGCAUCGAAGCUUGCUGCUGAUAUGCAACGUUUCUCGAGGCCUGAGAGGCGCAUUAAUGGCCCAUCAGUUACUCAUCUCUGGUCAAUGCUGAAAUUGCUUGAUGUUUUAGUUCAACUUGAUCAUCUUAAAAAUGCUAAGGCAAGCAUACCCAACGACUUCUCUUGGUAUAAAAGGACCUUCACACAAGUCAGUAUUCAGUGGCAAGAUUCUGAUUCAAUGAGAGAAGAAUUAGAUGACUUACAGAUUUUCUUAAGCACACGAUGGGCCAUUUUAUUGAAUCUGCAUGUUGAGAUGUUUCGUGUAAACAAUGUAGAAGACAUUCUUCAGAUCCUCAUUGUCUUUGCUGUGGAGUCCUUGGAGUUGGAUUUUGCACUUCUAUAUCCAGAGAGGCAUGUGCUUUUACGUAUUCUGCCUGUUCUUGUCGUAUUAGCAACAUCAUCAGAGAAGGACAGCGAAUCACUUUAUAAGAGGGUGAAGAUCAACAGACUCAUUAACAUCUUUAAGAAUGAUCCUGUGAUUCCAGCAUUUCCAGAUCUUCAUCUUUCUCCUGCAGCAAUCUUGAAAGAGUUGUCGAUAUACUUCCAAAAAUUUGCUGCUCAAGCUCGUCUUCUUACUCUUCCAGCGCCACAUGAGCUUCCACCACGUGAAGCACAAGAAUAUCAGAGACAUUACCUUAUCAUCAACCACAUUGGAGCAAUCCGUGCAGAGCACGAUGAUUUCACCAUUCGAUUUGCGUCAUCAAUGAAUCAGCUGCUGCUGUUGAAAUCAACAGAGAAUCCAGAUAUUGAGUGGUGCAAAGAUGUUAAAGGAAACAUGUAUGACAUGGUUGUUGAAGGUUUUCAACUCUUGAGCAGAUGGACUGCACGUAUUUGGGAACAAUGUGCAUGGAAAUUCUCUCGCCCAUGCAAAGACGUUAUUUCUUUGGAAUCUCAUGAAACCUCGUCAUUCUCAGACUAUGAAAAGGUGGUGAGACAUAAUUAUAGUGCGGAGGAAAGGAAAGCUCUUGUUGAGCUGGUUAGCUAUAUAAAGAGCAUUGGGUCAAUGAUGCAGCAGUGUGAUACUCUGGUAGCUGAUGCUUUGUGGGAAACAAUACAUGCUGAGGUUCAAGAUUUUGUUCAAAACACAUUGGCAACCAUGUUGCGAACAACAUUCCGGAAGAAGAAAGAAAUUUCAAGGAUUCUUUCUGAUAUGCGAACCCUGUCAGCUGAUUGGAUGGCAAAUAGAAGCAAAUCUGAAUCUGAAGCACAGUCUAUGCAAAGAGGUGAAGAAAGUAAAGUGAACUUCUUUUUUCCACGGCCAGUUGCGCCUACAGCUACGCAGGUUCAUUGCUUGCAAUUUCUGAUUUAUGAGGUGGUGUCUGGUGGAAACCUUAGGAAGCCAGGAGGGCUUUUUGGGAAUAGUGCGUCUGAGAUUCCCAUUAAUGAUUUGAAGCAGUUGGAGACCUUUUUCUACAAGCUCAGCUUCUUUCUGCACAUAUUUGAUUAUACCGCGACUGUUGCAACAUUAACUGAUCUUGGAUUCUUAUGGUUUAGAGAGUUUUAUUUAGAGACUUCACGGGUUAUUCAGUUUCCUAUUGAAUGCUCCCUUCCCUGGAUGCUGGUGGAUUAUGUCCUCGAGUCUCAGAAUGCAGGCCUUAUUGAGAGUGCUUUAUUUCCACUUGACAUUUACAAUGAUUCAGCUCAACAUGCCUUGGUUACUUUGAAACAACGUUUUCUCUAUGACGAAAUUGAAGCUGAGGUCGAUCAUUGUUUCGAUAUAUUUGUCUCUAAGCUAUGCGAUUCAAUCUUUACACAUUACAAGAGUUGGGCCGCGAGAGAGAUGCUCGAUUCAUCUUUCUUAUUUGCCAUAGACAAUGGAGAAAAAUAUUCUGUCCAGCCUAUAAGGUUUAACGCCCUUCUAAAGAUCACUAGAGUAAAGUUACUUGGAAGGACUAUUGAUUUAAGAAGCUUGGUUGCCCAACGAAUGAACAAAAUUUUUCGAGAGAACCUUGAAUUCUUAUUUGAUCGGUUUGAGUCUCAAGAUCUUUGUGCCAUUUUGGAAUUGGAAAAGCUGAUGGAUGUCCUGAAAGUGACCCACGAAUUGCUAUCCAAAGAUCUUUUGAUAGACUCAUUUAGUCUCAUGCUAAAUGAGAUGCAAGAAAAUCUAUCUCUUGUAUCAUUCUCUAGCCGAUUGGCUUCUCAGAUUUGGUCAGAGAUGCAAAAUGACUUCUUACCGAACUUUAUCCUAUGCAAUACUACUCAGCGAUUUGUAAGAUUAUCCAAAGUUCCAUCUGUUCCGGUUCAAAAACCAUCAGUUCCUCAUGCCAAGCCUAACUUCUACUUUGGUACUCAAGACUUGAAUUCUGCUCAUCAAAGUUUUGCACGGUUGCAUAGUGGAUUCUUUGGGUUGACUCACAUGUUUUCCAUUGCGAGACUUCUUGGAUCUAGAUCCUUACCAUGGCUUAUUCGAGCACUUCUGGAUCAUAUAUCAAAUAAGAUUGCUGUACUUGAACCAAUGAUAUCAGGAUUGCAAGAAGCGUUGCCAAGAUCUAUAGGAUUACUACCAUUUGAUGGAGGUGUAGCAGGUUGCAUGAGAUCGAUCAAUGAAAAUCUAAACUGGGAAGCGAAGUCAGAGCUCAGGUUGGAGGUCCUGCAUGGAAUAAAGGAGAUUGGAAGUGUGUUAUAUUUAAUUAGCCUUCUUGAUAUUGUGCUGAGAGAAUUAGACAUCACGCAUUUCAUGCAGACAGCACCUUGGUUAGGGAUAAUUCCUGGUGUUGAUGGGCAAAUAUUUCAUUCUCAAGAUGGAGAGAGCCCUAUUGUUAGCCUAUUCAAGUCGGCAACCAGUGCAGCUGUUUCAAAUCCUGGAAACCCUAAUGGAAUGUCAUAUUAUACCAUGUCAAAACAGGCUGAAGCAGCAGAUCUUCUGUAUAGAUCUAACUUGAAUACUGGAAGCGUUCUAGAAUAUGCACUUGCUUUUACAAGUGCUGCUUUGGAUAAAUACUGUAGCAAAUGGAGUGCUGCUCCCAAGACUGGAUUCGUUGAUAUCACUACUUCAAAAGAUUUCUAUAGGAUAUAUAGUGGACUCCAAAUAGGCUACCUGGAAGAGUCUGCUCAAUCACCUUCAAACAAUCAUGAACUGCUUGGUGAUUCUGUAGCUUGGGGUGGUUGCACAAUAGUCUACCUGCUCGGGCAACAGCUACAAUUUGAGCUGUUUGAUUUUUCGUACCAGGUUCUGAAUAUUGCUGAGGCAGAGGAUGGAACAUUUGUGCAAACUCAUAAAAAUUCCCAUUAUAUGCAGGGCUGGGAAUCCUUAAUAGAAGCCAUGAAGAAGGCCAGAAGAUUGAACAACCAUGUAUUCUCAAUGCUGAAGGCACGUUGUCCUCUUGAAGACAAGACGGCAUGUGCCAUCAAGCAGAGUGGAGCUCCUCUUCAUCGUGUUAAAUUUGAGAACACUGUCUCUGCUUUUGAAACACUGCCCCAGAAAGGUGCUGUCAACUAAUCCCACUCUAUGCACCUGCGCUUCUUCCACUGUAAGAGAAACUUCAACUCAUUUUUUGUCUGUCUCCAGAACUACCUACUUCGAUAUUGAUGCUAAUUGUUUCAUAUUUGUGAUAGUAGUAGCUGUAUAUCAAUGAGAAUGAUUGUGAGCCAUAGCUGAUUAUGAUGUUUUAAACCUUUUCUUCUUUAGCCUUACUUUUUUUUAUAUGUUAUAGGGAUUUGUAAGUUGAUUGUUUGUCAUACAUGAUAUUUCUUAACUUGCCUUUGUGAAAACAAUUUUUUUGAAAUGGCCCUCUUGUAAACGAAAAAUGAUAUAUCCAUCUUGAGUUACAUUA